AAAAAAAGCACAAGAGGAAAUUAUAGCUCAGAAAAUUUGAAGAAAGCUUUGGAGGAUUUACGUGAAGGUCAAUCAUAUCACAGUGUUUCAAAAAAGUAUACUAUACCACGUCGAACACUUCAAAGACAUAUGAAAGGCACUAUCCGACAACCAGGAUGUAUAAUGCUUGGUAGAUUCCGACUGAUUUUAUCAGAUGAAAUGGAGACAGAAAUUGUCCAUCAUGCAAUUGACAUGCAACAACGAUUUUAUGGCCUCACACCAAUGGACAUUCGGAAACUUGCCUUC